AAUGGAACGAGGAAGAGGAAGGACUCUGAGGAUUAUGUUCCUGUUGACACUCUGUCUGCAAGACUUCACUGGUCAAUGCCAAGUUUCAGGGCAGCCCUCUAACCUGAGGAUAGUUCUGCUGGGGAAGACUGGAGCAGGGAAGAGUACAACAGGAAACACCAUCCUGGGGAGAGAGGUGUUUCAAGCAGAGGAUUCUCCAGUGUCUGUGACUGCACAGAGUGAGAAACAGAGUGGAGUGGUGGAUGGGAGGAAGAUUGAUGUCAUCGACACCCCGGGGCUCUAUGACACAACAAUGUCUCAAGAAGAGAUGAAAAGUGAAAUAGAAAAGGCCAUCUACAUGUCAGUCCCAGGACCCCACGCCUUCCUGCUGGUGAUCAGACUGGGGAGGUUCACAGAGGAGGAGCAGAACACUGUGAAGUGGAUCCAGGAGAACUUUGGAGAAGAUGCCUCAAUGUACACCAUCUUGCUGUUUACACAUGGAGAUCUACUGAAGGGUAAAUCAGUAGAGGAGUUUCUUGCUAAGAGCAAAGAGUUACGUAAACUCAUCAAUAUCUGUGGGGGCAGAUAUCACUCCCUAAAUAAUGACAAGAGAAAACACAACACUCAGGUCACAGAGCUGCUGAAGAAAAUAGAGGAGAUGGUGGAGAAGAAUGGAGGAAAACACUACACCAAUGAGAUGUACCAGGAGGCCCAGAGGAAGAUCGAAGAGGAGGAGGAGAGGAAGAGACAGGAAGAGGCGAAGAGAGAGAGAGAGAGGAGACAGGAAGAGGAAGAAAUACGAAGAAGAGAAGAAAAAUUGAAUGACUGCAAGUGGUCAGCACUUGCCAGUACGACUGCAUUGGGGUUGGGAGCCAUGUACAGCUCUCCAUUGUCUUUAGUAGCAGGGGCUACAUUAGCCGCUGUUAAAGGUUAUCAGUGCAUGGGCACCUAUUUCAACUCAGGUAGUUCCAACUCAGAAGACCAGAAGGAAUAAGAUUUCCACAUCCACCAUCUCAGAUUAAGAUGAAUUAUUAUGUUAUAUAAUAUAAAAUUAAGAUGAAUUAUUGUGUUAUAUAAUAUAAUUGUAAUUUGAUCUCUGAGAAAUUAAGCUAAUUUAUUGUGGCCAAAUUUGACAUUUUAAUUAACAGGAUUCAUAUACUAUUCAAUAAAUAUAGUACCCAACAUCUGAUCUGGAUCCAAUUGUUCCCCAACAAUGAUUAAGAACAUGGAAUGGUCAAAAGCCUCAGAUCAGAUGUUGGGUUUUAUUUCACACUAAUGCCUUGUUAUCUGGAGGGCGGCCAUUUGCAUCUCCCCAAUGGUCCAAAUGUGGAAUCUGUAACCAUGCCGAUAUCAUAUACAU